GAGGAACAGAAGCUAGCUGUGGAAAUUGUACUAGGAAGAUGAGAAACUUGAUCCUGUGUAGCAUCAGUAGCUACCACGUGGUCCUGCGGGCUGCGCGCCAUGUGUGUCCAAAGAAGCAACGGAAGGUGACUGGGAUACGCUGCAUCCGAAAUAGACCGUGCAUUCAUGGUGUCGGUUUUGGAAGAAAUAGUAGGCGUUGGUGAAGAUCGGACAGGAGGCAUUCGACUAGACAAGGACAAGCUUUUUGGGCAUUCUGAAGUGGAUGCUGAUGAUGGGUUAAGUAUGGACGAUGGAUUGUGCAUGUGCAAAGGAGAUGAGCUAGAUGAUGGUUCAUGUGAUGUUGGAGGAAUGGAUGGGCAGCGGCUAAACUUCCCAGAUGUGUUGACAAAGCAUGACAAGAACCAUGAUGGACCAUCUUCUUAUUUGGAAGAAGAAAACCACGCUUGAUAAGAUGAGCGAGGGACCCUGAACCAGGAUGACUAAGACAAAGAUGCCAAAGAUCAGACGACACAGACGUAGUAGAAAAAGUAGCUGAAGUAGAAGGAGACAAACUAUACCAUGAAUACAAUCCCCCAAAGUAUUGCAUCGAAGAAGGAGGACGUUUUUUUAUCUUGUUUUUCUUAAUCAAAAUGAAAAAAUAAA